UACCGAAAUCUGAUGAACAAAGAACAUUUAUCCUAGGAAAGAGCUCUUCUCUAUUGUACAAAUCUGACAACUCGGAGGAAAAGAAAGUCAGAACUUGCCGGUCUGCCGGCACUUUUUGGCGUAUUAGCGUGUAGUAGUCGCCAGGGGAGGAAGGGCAGUAGGCGGUGAUCUCGGGUUUCGACUGAAUGUAUGUACAGGCCUCAACCGGGAGGGAAGUGUCCUUCGAACAGGAAGAGCCGGCCACGAGGUCUCUACGGGAAAAAGAGCAUGGCACGAUCAAAACAUGUUUCCGCCACAAGACUUAAAGAAGGAGUGUGCUCGGGUGGGCAGAGUGGAUAGAGUUAUCCGAGAAGAAAUGCCCAAUCAGCAAGUCUUCAGGAAUUUCUCCGGCAUCCAUUCGUAGCCCAAGGGUUUGUGUCACCUCGGUCACCUCCCUCUAUUGGUUCGCCCUUCCCUUGACUUGUAGUCUCGUACGUCUCAAUAUGGACUUGAUUGGCAUGGGUCUGGUUCUAGUUCUCUAUGGGAUCAUCUUUUUGGGAGGCUUGGCGGCCUUCCGAAAACUUCGCUCGGUACCGGGAGUGACGGAUGGCUCCAAUUUGAUACUGGCCAACCGUGGUAUUGGCAUUGGUAUGGGGAUUUCCAGUCUGGUGGCCACGGAAGUGGGUGGAGCCUUUAUUAAUGGCAGCGCGGAGGCGGUGUAUCGGAAUGGGUUACUUUGGUGCAUUGCGCCCAUUGGAUACAGCUUGAGCAUGGUGAUCAAUGCCUGCUUUUUCGUGCGAAAGAUCCGCGAAAACCCUAGGGCACAUUUGACUUUGAUUGAUUGCCUUCAAGAGGCCUAUGGGGAAUUGACGGGGGCCCUCGUGUACUUGCCCUCGUGCUUGGGAGAUAUUUGCUGGACAGCGGCCGUCUUAUCGGCUUUGGGAGGCUCAUUAGAGGUCUUGUUGGGCGUGGACAAACGCGUGACCAUCGUUGUGAGUGCUGUCUUUGCCACGGCUUACACCCUUUUGGGUGGCAUGUACGCUGUGGUCUACACGGAUGCUAUUCAAUUGGUCUUGAUUUUUUUCGGGCUGCUCGCCGCCCUGCCCUUUGCUCUGUUUUGUGAGCAUGUCUCGGUCUUCGACACGUCCUUGGUCACGUGGACGGGGACCAUCCAGGUGGCACAAGUGCCACAUUACUUGGACACGUGGAUGUUGGUACUCUUGGGGGGGAUCCCGUGGCAGCCCUAUUACCAAAGAGCCCUUUCCAUGAAGACCACCCAACAAGCGGUUGUGAUGUCGAUGAUGGCCAGUGUGCUCUCGUUGACCUGCCUGAUCCCGCCGGUGGUUCUGGGGAUAACGGCCAAGACUUGGUCCAUGGGCACGGCAUCGAAUCAAACUUUGGUUCCUGACGACCAAUCGGACCUCGUUUUGCCUCUCAUAAUCUACCAAUGUACCCCCCGCAUGGUGACCUACGUGGUCAUGGGCAGUUUAAGCGCGGCUGUGAUGUCAAGUGUGGAUUCAUCCAUCUUGGCGGGUGCAUCUUACAUCUCCCACAACAUUGUGCGACCCCUAACUUCUACUAAGAACGAAAAGCAUACAGCCACGGCUUUCCGAUUGAGCGUGAUUCUUCUAGCGGUGAUGUCCACCGUACUAGCCAUUCACACGGACACGGUCUACGGCCUUUGGGUCUUGGCCGGUGAUUGGGGGUUUGUGUUGGUGUUCCCAUUGUUUCUCGGAGCCGUCCAUUUCCCCCAGCAUGUGAAUAAAUUCGGGGCCAUCGGGGCCGCUUUGACGGGCCUCUCAUUGCGCUUGAUGCCGGGCGAGCCUUUGUUUGGAUUCCCGGGAAUCGUAUCCGUGCCUACUUUGGAUGACGGCUCACCUCAGUGGCCCAUCAAGACGGCUACCAUGGUGGUGACCCUGCUGGCUUUGAUAACAAUAUCGCGGAUGAAAAUGAAUCCAUAGUCGCUCACGUGCGAAAUAAACUGGUUUAUUGGCAAAUGCGAA